CUUCGUUCUAGAUUUACGCCAGGAUGCUCGCCACGACCGACGACGAGCUGGACCGGCGCCGCGCUGCAGUCGCCAAGCGCCUCCAUGCGGCGGUGGAUCCGCCGUUGCUGCAAGAGUGCGCUCGCUGGACGCAGCGAGCGACGCGGCUCUAUGCGCAGGUGCUGCAGACGCGCCCGGCGCAGGCCGUAUCAGCGUCCGUCGUGGGCCACCGGCAGUGCUUUGUCCAAGGCCGCCGCUUUGUCGAGUAUGAGCUCGUGAUCGAGACCGAUUGGCGCGGCGCGCAGCGUGCGUGGCACCGCUACAGCACCUUUCGCAGCCUCGCGGCGUCGCUGCACGCACCGCUGCCCAAGCUCCCGGCGACGCACCUCUUUGGCGCGCACUCGGACCGAACGAUCGAGACGCGGAAGGAGCGCCUUAACGCCUUCUUGGCCGCGCUCCUACGCGAUACGACGCUGCAGUGGUGCCUCCGCAUGGCCGACGGCAACCGCGUCGGCCGCCGCAAGACCAAGCAGGUGCUGCCGCUGGACGCUCUCCGGGCACUCCACGUCGAGGCGUCCCGCGGCGGCGAAGCGGCGCGCCUCGCGGCCGUCGAUGCGGCGUGCGCUGCUGGCUCGGCGCCGGCGUUCGUGGCCGCCGAGAUUGGCCGGCUCCAGCAACGCGUCGAGCUACUCACGUCCGUGCUGGGGCUCCACGGCGGCGUUACGCUCGCGACUGCGCGCAUCGUCGACGCGCGGUGGAUACCCCACAGUCGCUUAACGCAGUACAGAAUCCAGAUCGAGACGCCCGAGCGCGGCGCACUGAGCGCGUGGUUCCGGCACGAGACCUUUCUCCAGCUGGCGGCAUCGCUGAGCGCCAAGUACGGGCCGGGCAUACCCACGCUCGAGGCCGAGAAGCACCUGCCGCGCUGCCUCGACCGACGCAUGGCCCGACUGAACGCGUUCCUGGCGGCAAUCUUGGAGCUCAGCGCUGUCGAGUGGGCGAUUCGCAUCGACGAAGCGACGUGCGUCGUUAAACCAGCCAACCCGUCGCAACGCCCGUCCUCGGCCUCGACAGUUUCGGACGACGACGACGGCUGGCCCUAGUCGAUGCCACGCAUCGCUACCAACUAACUAAACCACUCGAUUUAACUUGUACGCAAGGCGAUUACGACAUGAUCACGCACAAGCUA